CCAUCCCUUUGCACCGCAAAAUGUACCCAAGUUCUCCAACAAUUCUCUAACCUCUAAAACCCCCAGACCUCUUUCUCUCUCAUGUCUAAAACCCUUCUCUGUCUCAUCAAAUCCAAAGCCAAACCCACUCCUCCCUCUAAACCCUCUCUUAAACCCCGCAUUAAAAACCUCGUCAAAGAUAUCUUAGAGGUCCUCCAUACCCACAACCAAUGGGAAGAAAACCUCCAAACCCGAUUCUCCGAAUCCGAGGUUCUCGCAUCCGAUGUUGCCCAUUUAGUGCUCGAUCGAAUUCGUGAUGUUGAAUUGGGUCUAAAGUUCUUCGAUUGGGUCUCCAGAGGACAGUAUGCUGGUCCCAUAAAUGGGUUUGCGUAUUCUUCGCUUUUGAAACUCUUGGCGAGGUCGAGAGUGUUCUCGGAGAUGGAAGUUGUGUUGGAGAAUAUGAGAGUUGAAGAAAUGUCACCAACCCGGGAAGCGAUGAGCAUUGUAAUUCAAGCUUAUUCAGAUUCUGGGUUGGUCGAGAAAGCUCUUGAAUUAUACUAUUUUGUGCUUAAAACGUACACUUAUUUUCCGGACGUAAUAGCUUGUAAUUCGUUGCUUAACAUGCUCGUGAAACUUGGUAGGAUUGAAAUUGCGCGCAAGUUGUAUGAUGAAAUGCUUGAGAUAGAUGGUGCCGGAGAUAGAUGUGUUGAUAAUUAUAGUACUUGUAUAAUGGUGAAGGGUUUUUGCAAGGAGGGGAAACUUGAGGAGGGUAGAAAGUUAAUAGAAGAUAGGUGGGGACAGGGUUGCAUACCAAAUAUUAUCUUUUACAAUACACUUAUUGAUGGGUAUUGCAAGAAAGGUGACAUUGAAACGGCUAAUGGGUUGUUCAUAGAGUUGAAAUUGAAAGGGUUCUUGCCGACUGUGGAAACUUAUGGGGCCAUUAUAAAUGGAUUUUGCAAGAAGGGGGAUUUUAAGGCCAUUGAUAGGCUUUUAAUGGAAAUGAAUUCAAGGGGUUUGACAGUUAAUGUUCAAGUUUAUAAUACUAUUAUUGAUGCUAGAUAUAAGCACGGUCACAUUGUUAAGGCAGUGGAGACCAUAGAAGGUAUGAUUGAAUGUGGUUGUAAGCCGGAUAUUGUGACGUAUAAUACUCUAAUUUCUGGUUCAUGCAGGGAUGGUAAGGUCUCGGAAGCUGAUCAACUUCUAGAGCAGGCAUUAGGGAAGGGAUUGAUGCCAAAUAAAUUUAGUUAUACCCCUCUUAUACAUGCCUAUUGUAAACAGGGAGGAUAUGACAGGGCUUCAAAUUGGCUCAUUGAGAUGACAGAAAGAGGACAUAAAUCUGACUUGGUUACUUAUGGAGCUCUGGUUCAUGGCCUUGUUGUAGCUGGUGAGGUUGAUGUUGCAUUGACUAUUCGAGAAAAGAUGCUGGAAAGAGGAGUGUUCCCUGAUGCGGGUAUUUACAACAUCUUGAUGAGUGGUCUUUGCAAGAAAUUUAAGCUUCCUGCAGCUAAGCUGCUGCUUGCCGAGAUGCUUGACCAAAAUGUUCUACCUGAUGCAUUUGUUUAUGCCACUCUAGUGGAUGGGUUCAUUAGAAAUGGCAACCUAGAUGAGGCAAGGAAGCUAUUUGAGCUCACAAUUGAAAAGGGCAUGAAUCCUGGCAUUGUUGGGUACAACGCCAUGAUUAAGGGCUACUGUAAGUUUGGAAUGAUGAAGGAUGCUAUGGCAUGCAUCAAUAGAAUGAAGGAACGACACCUUGCUCCAGAUGAGUUCACUUAUUCCACUGUAAUAGAUGGGUAUGUAAAGCAGCAUGACUUAGAUGGUGCACAGAAGACGUUUAGAGAGAUGGUGAAAAUGAAAUGCAAGCCAAAUGUGGUUACUUACACCUCUCUGAUUAAUGGGUUUUGCCGCAAGGGAGACUUACAUCGAUCCCAAAAAUUUUUCAGAGAGAUGCAAGCUUGUGGUUUGGUGCCCAAUGUGGUUACAUACAGUAUUCUUAUUGGGAGCUUUUGUAAGGAGGCUAAACUUAUAGAUGCAGCCUCCUUUUUUGAAGAGAUGCUCAUGAACAAGUGUGUUCCUAAUGAUGUUACCUUUAAUUAUCUUGUAAAUGGGUUCUCAAAAAAUGGAACUCGCGCAAUUUCUGAGAAAGGAAAUGAGUUUCAAGAGAAUAAGCCCAUGUUUCUGAAUUUUUUUGGAAGAAUGAUAUCAGAUGGAUGGGCUCCAAGGUCUGCUGCUUAUAAUUCCAUCCUUAUUUGCCUUUGCCAAUAUGGAAUGUUCAGAACUGCAUUGCAGUUAAGCAACAAAAUGACAAGCAAGGGCUGCAUUCCAGAUUCUGUUUCUUUUGUUGCCCUGCUACAUGGUGUUUGCUUGGAAGGGAGAUCAAAGGAAUGGAAAAAUAUUGUUUCUUGCAAUUUGAAUGAGAGGGAGCUCCAAAUUGCAGUUAAUUACUCAUCGAUUUUAGACCAGUACUUGCUUCAAGGAACAUCUGAGGCUUCAGUGAUUUUGCAGACAAUGUUUGAAGAAUGCCAAUCUCAUAGCAAAGUAGGGGACAAUAUCCAAGUCUCAGUAAGUUAGGGGAAUGAGGGGAGCUCAAAAACCUCACUUGGUUCAUCUACAAACUGAAGAAUGGGUGCUUACAUGAAAUGACGGGGGUAUGAUGAAAAAUUAAUAUCCUAUCCUCUUAAUACUUCAGAGUUCCUCUUUUUAUCUCAUUAGGCCCAUGGAAAAAUCGUCCAAAUAUAUUUUCAUCUGGCCUUCUGUCAGUGAAACCCUAAAUUCAAUAUGGCCUUUGUCAUCCAUUCAGCUGCCAAAUUCAUGCAGUUCCUUCAUGACAUUUUGAUGCCUUUCAAGUGCAAACAAAUUAAAAGCUGGUAGUUUAGUAAUCAACUAUAUUUGCACGAUACUAAAGCAGGAGUGACAUUACUUUUGAGCCACACCAAAAGUCAAAGGCUUCUGGUUGGUCUAUUAAGAAUAAAAAGGAAUGGACUGGAUUCCUCCGAAGACCAUUGUAGAUACACUGAAUAUUGCAUUUUGGGGGCACGCCAGAGGCAAAUUUUAUGGCUAAGUCAUUUGUCUUACUUUGGUUUGAGCAAUCUGGCUUGAGAGGAAUGCCAGAUUUUGUGAGCAUAGGUGGAGGCCUAUUGCGGCAUUGUGGGAUGCUGUCAGCUUUCCAUUUUCCUUUUGGAUUUCAGUUACGGAUGCCUUCUCUGGUGUUCAAUUGAGUUUGAAGUUGCUCCAAUGAUGCCUUUCUUAUUCUUCCAAGAACCAGUGUUGUGGAGGUGCAAGCUGAUGAGUGAAGACCACGUCCAACUAGUGUUCUCAAGUUUAAACUUUGACAGUUGCUAAUCAACAACCUGGGAAGAACAGAAAUUAUGAGAGCAAUCAAAGAUCAUGAGGGUGCAUCAAGGCUUUUUCCAUGCAUGCUAAGUUAGGUUCAGCUAAUUGUGACAGAGAUUCAGGCCCUUGUGGAAUCCUUGCAUUUUUGGUUCAAUCUUUGGGAUUGUCCAACCUACCACUGGAUGAAGAUUCUAAUACUGUUAUUUCCUUGGUUGUUUAAGGAAAAAGCUGUGACUCUUGAAGCAUGAUAUGUGGUUGCAGCAGAUCAUGGAUCUAGCUAUAUUUUUGGAGCACUACUAUUGGAAUCCUGCUCAGCUGAUCAGGUAGCAGAUUGACUAGCCAAGUGUAAAGCCUUAAAAUUACAUUAUUUUUGCAGGGGAAUUUUGACCUUCAGCUGUAGCUGCCAUUUUUGUGUCUUGUAAUUGGUGGUAGUUGCCAGUUGCAUUUCCUUAUUUUUCUUUGUUUAGCUUCUCUACUGUAUGGUCAGAUUUUGAAUUUUACAGAGAAUAGCUCAAUCAUUUAUUGUACAUCCUUUUGCCAGUCAAUGAAGGAUAUUGUUUGGUGGGUCAGCCUUGUUAUUUGACUACA